AUGAACAAGAUUUCAGCUUUAUUAAGCUCUAAGACCGUAGAGGUCACGGAGGUGACGUCCACCUCUGAAAAGAGCAACCAUGACUUGGAAAAGACCCACGCAGAAGCAAAUUUACGUUUGAUCACUUCCAAAUCUCAAGAAUUUGAUCCGGUUACCUCUAAUUUGGCAAAAGAUAUCAUUGAAGAUGACUAUGCUGCAGUCAAGAUCGAAGAUGAUUCUCCAUACCCAGAAGUUAGAGCUGCUAUUCCCUCUGAUGAUGAUCCAUCCAUCUUGCAAAAUACGGUAAGAAUGUGGGUCCUUACCAUGGUCUUGGGUACUGUUGGUGCUGGUGUUAACAUUUUGUUCUCCUUCCAUUCCCCACAAUUUUCCCUUUCUUCCUUCGUUACUACCCUUUUGGCUUGGCCCCUUGGUAACUACUGGGGUAAAUAUUUUCCUAACUGGAAAUUGUUUGGUCUUCAAUUAAACCCAGGUCCUUUCACCAUUAAGGAACAUGCUUUGAUUUGUAUUGGUGCAAAUGUUGGGUUGUCUCCAGCUUAUGCUACUGAUAUUUUGCUUGCUCAAAACCGUUUCUAUGGUUCAGACUUUGGCUGGGGGUUCGAUUUGCUUGCUACCAUGUCAACCCAAUGUAUUGGUUUUGCAUUCGGUGGGUUAUGUAGAAGAAUCUUGGUUGAUCCUCCAUCAAUGAUUUGGCCUUCUAACUUGGUUACUGCUACCUUCUUAACCAACUUGCACAUUAACGAGAACCAUCCUGCUAACGGCUGGAAGAUCUCCAGAUUGGCCUUCUUUUCCGUUAUGUUCAUUUGCUCCUUUGUUUACUAUUGGUUCCCUGGUUAUAUCUUCCAAGCCUUGUCUUACUUCUCUUGGAUUACCUGGAUUAAACCUAACAAUGUUAUCAUUAACCAAAUCUUUGGUUCUUCCACCGGGUUAGGUAUGUUCCCUAACAAUAUUGCCUUGGAUUGGAAUCAAAUCGCCGGUUACAUUGGCUCUCCUUUAAUCCCUCCAGCGGGUACCAUCUGGACCAUUUUCCUUUCUGUGGUUGUUAUGUUCUGGGUUGUUACCCCUGCUUUGCAUUACUCCAACACUUGGUUUGCUCAAUACUUGCCUAUUUCAUCAUCAGGUUCUUAUGACAGAUACCAACAACCUUAUAACGUUUCCCGUAUUGUUGACCCCAAAACUUUGACUUUCAACAAGGAAGAAUACGCAAAUUACUCACCUUUAUUCUUAUCAACCACCUUUGCCUUGUCUUAUGGUUUAUCCUUUGCCGCUAUUACUGCUACCAUUGUCCACACCGUGUUGUUCCAUGGUAGAGAUAUCGUGAAGCAAUUCAAAAGACAAGACACUCCAGAUGUGCACAACAGAUUAAUGAAGAGCUACAAGCCUACCCCAGAUUGGUGGUUUGCUGUUGUGUUUGUUAUUUUCUUUGGUAUGGCCGUUGGUACACUCAGAGGUUGGCCAACAGAAAUGCCUAUUUGGGCUUUGGUUGUCGGUUUGAUCAUUGGGUUCAUCUUUUUACUUCCAGUUGGUGUAAUCUAUGCCUUGACAAACAUUGCUGUUGGUUUAAAUGUCGUUUCUGAAUUCAUCAUCGGUUACAUGAUCCCAGGUAAGCCAUUGUGUAUGAUGUUCUUCAAGACCUUCACAUAUAUCACCAACUCUCAAGCUGUUACUUUUGCUCAAGACAUGAAGUUGGGACAUUACAUGAAGCUUCAACCUCGUUUAAUGUUCUGGGUUCAAAUGAUUCCUACUGUUUGGACUUCUAUUGUGCAAAUUGCUGUUUUGAGAUGGUCUUAUGGUAACAUCAAUGACUUGUGUCUGGUACACCAACCAAACCACUACACUUGUCCUAACGGUAGAGUCUUCUUCAAUGCUUCUAUCAUUUGGGGUGUCAUUGGUCCUCAAAGACAAUUUUCUAGUGGUCAAAUCUACUAUGGUUUAUUAUUCUUUUUCAUUAUUGGAGCCAUUUUACCAGUUAUUUCCUGGUUAAUCUUGAAGAAAUGGCCAGGUUCUCCAAUUAGAUGGUUGAACUGGCCAGUUUUCUUCUCCGGUACUGGUUACAUUCCUCCAGCUACCCCAUACAACUAUACUUCCUACUGUGCAGUUGGCCUUACUUUUGGUUACUUUAUCAAGCGUAAGUUCUUCCACUGGUGGACUAAGUACAACUAUUCCUUAUCUGCUGGUUUGGAUAUUGGAUUAGCUUGGUCUUCAUUGGUUAUUUUCUGUGCCAUCAGUUUGCCUAAUGUUGCUGCACCAAACUGGUGGGGUAACAAUGUUAUCAACACUCUUGAUUACAAUAAUGAAGCCAUCAAGGUUGUUCUUCCUGAAGGUGGAAGUUUCGGUCCUUCAUCUUGGUAA